GGAAGUGACGCAGUCUGCAGGUACACGUCAGAGAGAGAGAGAUGGAGCAUUUAUGAUCUGUGUUUUUAUUAUUAAUGGUAAAGUAAACGCGUUUGUGACUGCGAUAAAGACACAGAAGUGACUUUGUGUUCAGGACGCGUUCAUACGGUUUGUGACACAGACCUGCUGUAACCUGACAUGUUCUCAGACACCAUGGACUACGAGCUAGAAGAAGAUAAGCUUGGGAUUCCCACAGUUCCAGGAACAGUGACCCUGAAGAAGGAUACACAGAACCUGAUUGGGAUCAGUAUAGGGGGCGGGGCUCAGUACUGCCCCUGUCUCUACAUUGUACAGGUGUUUGAUAACACUCCAGCAGCACUGGAUGGGACAUUAGCAGCAGGUGAUGAGAUCACUGGUGUAAACGGUAAAGCAGUGAAGGGCAAGACCAAAGUGGAGGUGGCCAAGAUGAUUCAGGCUGUACAGGGUGAAGCAGUGAUACACUAUAACAAACUGCAGGCUGACCCCAAACAGGGCAAAUCCCUUGAUAUCGUCUUGAAGAAGGUGAAGCACCGUUUGGUGGAGAACAUGAGCUCAGGAACAGCAGAUGCACUUGGACUGAGUAGAGCCAUCCUCUGUAAUGAUGGACUUGUAAAGAAACUGGAGGAACUGGAGAAAACUGCAGAGCUGUACAAAGGGUUAAUGGAACACAGUAAGCGAUUACUCCGAGCUUUCUUUGAGCUGUCCCAGACACACAGAGUGUUUGGUGAUGUAUUCUCGGUGAUCGGUGUUCGGGAGCCACAGGCUGCAGCCAGUGAGGCCUUUGUGAAAUUUGCAGAAGCUCAUCGUAACAUUGAGAAAUACGGCAUCCAGCUGCUUAAAACUAUUAAACCUAUGCUGCAUGAUUUGAAUACAUACCUUCACAAAGCGAUUCCAGACACUAAACUGACCAUCCGUAAAUACCUGGACGUGAAGUUUGAGUACCUGUCGUACUGCCUGAAGGUGAAAGAGAUGGAUGAUGAGGAGUACAGCUGCAUUGCACUGGGAGAGCCACUGUACCGUGUUAGCACAGGGAAUUACGAGUAUCGUCUAGUUCUGCGCUGUCGACAAGAGGCUCGCUCUCGUUUUGCUAAAAUGCGUAAAGACGUUCUGGAGAAGAUCGAGCUGCUGGACCAGAAACAUGUUCAGGACAUUGUGUUCCAGCUGCAGAGGUUCGUCUCGGGGAUGUCACAUUAUUAUGAUGAGUGUUAUGCAGUGCUGAAAGAGGCCGACGUCUUCCCCAUCGAGGUGGACCUCUCACGCACCACCCUCAACUACACUGGCCCAAACUAUGAGGAUGAGGAUGGUGAGGAAGAACAAGAGGAGGAGGCGAGAGAACAGACUGAGAAUGGAGCAGAGAAACUGAUUGAUGAUGAAUGAGUGAUGGAGUACACUGGAACAGAUAGGGUAAUACUGAUGCAGAGUGGGGGUGGGGGGUGGGGGUGGGGGUAAUAAGCAGUCCUUCAUCAAUCACACUAAACAUCACCAAGUCUGUCAGGACCUGAGAAGAGUCCAUGUCCUUCAUUCUACAGCUCAGUCUCUCACUCUGUCCUGCUGUAACACACAUCAGCAGUUAAGGACACAUCAGUAGUACAUCAUCACUGCUGACUAUUCCCAUGGGGUUAGGGAUCUGUUAGGGAUCUGUUAGGGAUCUGUUGGGGAUCAGUUGGGGAUCAGUAGGGAUCUGUUUGGGACAUUUAGUAAACACUAGUUGACAUUGCUCUGUGUCUCAGGUCAGACUUGCUCACACUCCUCCUGAUAUCACUGCGUCCUACAGAGUGGGAUUUGGGACGCAGCCUCUCUAACACUGCAAAAUUGAAGUUCACUCUUUGCACUAAAAUGUAGUUGUGUUCAUUUGAGGUGUUUGUAGCUGUUUGUGUUUAUUUUCAUAUAGAACUGACACUAACAGCUAAAUGCAGUUGUGUUAAAUCUGUGUGUUUAUCUCAGUCCUGCUGAUGGAUCUAUGAUAUUUGUUCCAAUGUUUAGUCUACAGUUAUGUGUAGUGUGUAGUGACCCAGGAGAAAACACCUGUGUGGUUUGGGACACGACACAUUUAGGGCACUGGCUUCUCUAUCUCAUAUUUUUAUCCAAACCAACAUUAAAGGAUUUAUUCAUCUUUGUGUGGAAACGAUCCAUUUUUGUUGUCAUUAUUUUCUUUGUGUACUGAUUUGUGUGAUGUCUUUUACGCAUUCAUGACAUUUAUUUUAUUUUGAUCUUUAUUUUUAUUUAAUCUUUUUGUGUAUCUGAAUGUUACAGAUGGCAGUGAAGUGAACAACAUGGUGAUUUAUUACUGCUUUAUAAACACACUAAUCUGUAAGAAGUAAAAAGAUUUAUUGCAAA